AUGCUGCGCCGGCCUGUGGCCCGGGCCUCUCUGCGCUGUUUCCGGGAGCGGGACCCGGGCCUGGAGCUGGAGCCGCCGCCGCUGCAAGAGUAUGUCACCCUGCCCCCCCGUCCGUAUGUCACCCUGCCCCCUACCCGUCGAUAUGUCACCCUGCCCCCUCCCCGUCAGUAUGUCACCCUGCACCCUCCCCGCCAGUAUGUCACCCUGCACCCUCCCCGCCAGUAUGUCACCCUGCGCACCCCCGUCUAUGUCACCCUGCCCCCCCGUCAGUAUCUCACCCUGCACCCUCCCCGUCAGAUACAUCAGCAAAGGGCCGUGGAGGCAGUUUUGAUAAUUACUCGCAAAAGGGAAGAGGAUAAAUACUUGAAGGAAAAACGUUCACAGGACCACCGGGAAAGCGAGAUUAGGUGCAAGUCUAGCCGUACGACAGCAGAGAGCCGAACAGCUCAUGGUGCCGUUAAUAUCAGCCUACCAGCUAGAAAUGUUGGAUCGUCCCAGUUUAAAACGAUUGAGGAUGAGCUGGUGAAUGCACUAGUAAAGGCCAAAUGUAUCCCAGAGAAUCAUGGUGACGAUAUGAGGAAAAUGUCCUUUCAGAGAUGUGCAAGGACAGACAAGGGCGUUUCUGCUGCUGGUCAAAUUGUCUCUCUGAAACUCUGGCUCAUUGAUGACCUGUUGGAUAAGGUCAAUGAACACCUACCAGCGGGCAUUAAAAUACUAGGACUGAAGAGAGUAACUGGGAGAUUCAACUCGAAGAACACCUGCGAUGCUCGGACCUAUUUCUAUAUGCUCCCAACUUUCUCCUUUGCCCACAAAGACCAUGACAGGCAGGAUAGAGAGUACCGUCUCAGCAGUGACACACUGAGCCAUGUCAACAGGCUGUUAGCCAGCUACAAAGGGACGCACAAUUUCCACAACUUCACAUCUGGUAAGGGUCCAAGAGACCCCAGCGCUAAGCGAUACAUCAUGGAAAUGUAUUGUGAAGAGCCAUUCGUGAGGCAGGGCAUGGAAUUCGCUGUUCUGAAGGUGAAAGGGCAAAGCUUCAUGAUGCAUCAAAUUAGGAAAAUGAUUGGAUUAGUGAUCGCCAUAGUGAGAGGUUACGCCCCUGAGUCCAUCAUGGUUCGGAGCUGGGGUGAGGAAAAGGUUGAUGUCCCAAAGGCUCCAGGACUGGGGCUUGUAUUGGACACAGUCCAUUUUGAGAAGUACAACAACCGUUUUGGCAAUGAUGGAGUUCAUGAGGCACUGGAGUGGCAUGACAUUGAGGACCAAAUAAUGGGAUUUAAAGAAGAUCAUAUCUAUCCAACCAUCAUCAAGACUGAAAUUGAGGAGCAGUCCAUGGCCAAUUGGCUGAGUACGUUACCAAUCCAUGAUUUUACUGCCACAGCAUCAGGAGUUCAGAUGAACGAAAAUCACACCAAGAACGUGAUGGAAGAUUUGGAUGAAGGCAGCGAUGGAGGUGACUCUGACUGAGUUGGUGGUAGAGUUCGGACUUGCAAGUAACAAUUCUACAGCCAGCUGGUGGGAAUGAAGACUAGAGACGGCAGAGCAACGGUUGGAAGUCUCUCCUUGCAGUGUUUGUGCAAGGUACAUGAAUAGGCUACUCUGCAAAGUGAGAAGGGCCCCAAGUUGAUAAGUUUUCUGUUUAAAUUUUAGCCUAUUCAGAUGAUUUAAUUUGGUGAUGUACGUUUUCCUUUGAUUUUGUUUUUAAUUGUUGCUCAGUUGGAGGUUUAAAGGAGCAAUAAUUUUUAUAGGAAUUUGUUUCCAAUUUAAAUCGAUUGUACAUUACACAUUGCAGCGGUGAGAGUAGGAGACAGGAGAUGCACAGAAUGAUACAGUGCAACAGGGGAUCAUGUACAUAGCUCUGAAUGGAAUAUUCAGUUAGUCCUGUCUCCCUGCUCACAACUCUGCAAAUUUUACCCUUGUAAUUUUAACCAGUUUAGUUUAGAAAAUUGCUUGCAUGCAAAAAUUUCAACCGACUGCAAGAAUAAACAAAUUAAGGGGACAACUUUCUAACUUCACUGUUACUUGGAUAAUCAUGCCUUAUGUUGAUGUUACUUUCAUGCAUUGGUAGAAUAAUGGAUCUGAGAAUCAUUGCUUCAGUAUGUGAACACAGUCAAAGCUCUAUUGUGUCUGAACUUCAGGAUUGUGUCGCUGUGCGGCAUCUAAGUGGAUGUGAUUAUUUAAAAAUAAUAAAGGUGAAAGAAGUUCACCCAAAA